ACAAAACAAAACAAACUGCUUCCAAGACGAAAUUUGGCCUUUCGAGGCUUAGGAUUUCCUUUCCUUGCUUUCCAAAAGCAAUCACACUCCACCAAGAUGCUUCUUGUGGCCUUAUUGUUCAUGUUGGUUGGGUUUUGCCAAGGUUUUACGCUGUACAGAGAUCUUCCAGAAGUCAACAUGAAUGUGACUCAAAUGAUUGAAUACAAUGGCUACCCAUCAGAACAAUAUGAUGUCAWCACUUCAGAUGGAUAUAUUAUAAACAUUCAGCGGAUUCCAUUUGGAAGAAAUGGCAAAUGCAAAGAAGUGACAUCAAAGCCUGCUGUUUUUCUGCUUCACGGUUUACUUUGCUCUUCAACAAAUUGGGUGGCAAACUUACCAAACCAAAGCCUUGGAUUUCUACURGCAGAUAAUUGUUUUGAUGUCUGGCUGGGGAAUGUAAGAGGGAAUACUUAUGGACUGAAACAUAUCAAUGGUACUGUUAAUCCUGAUGUAUUCUGGAACUUCAGCUGGGAUGAAAUGGCUGCUUAUGACCUACCAGCAAUGAUUCACUUUGUUCUGAACAAAGUCAAGAAGCCUUACUUGUAUUAUGCUGCCCACUCCCAAGGGACAAUGAUUGCAUUUGCAGAACUGUCCCAUAACAAAGAGCUUKCCAGCAAAGUAAAGGCUGUGUUUGCAAUGGGUCCUGUGGCAACUAUAGGAUACAUUGAAAGCCCACUGAAAUAUUUAUCAUAUUUUGUUUCAGAUAUAGAGGAAUUUUUCAAGAUAUUUGGAAUUCAUGAUUUUCUACCAAAUAAUGAAAUCAUGAAGAUCCUUGCUGAUGUGUUUUGUGGCCCCAAGUUAACAAGGGAGGUCUGUGCAGAUGUAAUUUUUAUCAUUGAUGGUUUUGAUGAGAAGCAACUCAACAAGACAAGACUUCCAGUAUACAUAUCUCACACACCAGCAGGGACRUCYGUCAAGAACAUGAUUCACUAUGYRCAGAGCUAUGACUCAAAAAAGUUCCAAAAGUACGAUUAUGGCAAGGAUAAUAAAAAGCAUUAUGGACAAGACUCGCCACCAUUGUAUAACUUGACAACAUACAAUGUCCCUACAGCCCUUUAUUCUGGAGGUGAUGACUGGCUUGCUGAUCCUCAUGAUGUCAGUCUGCUAACUUCAAAAAUUCAGAAAGUUGUCUUUCAAAAGAAAGUUAUUAAUUUUUGGCAACAUUUGGACUUUAUUUGGGGACUUGAUGCUGCRACUUUAGUUUACAAUGACAUUAUAAAACACAUUAAGAAAAUGGAAGGAAUUUUUAAUUGAAUAUAGACUUAGUCUAGAAAUAACUUUUUUAUGAAAAUUCACUAGGUUAUAGCGUUAAUACUCCAUGUUUAUCAACAAACUCAUGUUUAUGUGCCAAACAUGAUCACAAUGGCUUUUUACAAGUUGCUUUGCUUAAACUGCCCAGGGGAGGAUACAGGUCUCUCCUUGAAUAGGGGUGCAAGUUAUUCAAGGAUGGGAGCACCUUGCACCCACUCCCUUCUGCCAAUUGUUUUUCUAGUUGACACAGAAUUAAAAACAUGAGGACUGUCAACUCUCCCAGGUUAUCCAAGAGUCUCAGGAGCUAUCGCUUGGCUAUAUCUCCCAGUCUCAAGUUUACAACCAAAUCUCCAUUUUUUUGAUAAAAUAACUGUAACUCUGAUUUUUGUAUGAAUGUAAAAUAUUGAUGGUUUUUUUCGCUUAUGCCAGUCAGCAUACAUGUAGCUAUAUAAUAUAUWUUUUUUAUUUUUAUAGUG